GUCAUGGUGAAUUGGUGAUCAAUCCACCAACCCGCUCCUACAACUCUUCGUCCUCCAUCAACCAUCAUUGAUUCAGGACACAAGAAAUUCCUAGCUGGAAAGAAAGCAGAAAGACCAAGAAUUGUACGGAGUGAUUUUCGAAGAUGUCAACAUUGACUGUUCCUCCAACGUUAACUACACCCCGUGAUGAUGCCAUACAUCUACACAAAGCUUUCAAGGGAUUUGGAUGUGAUACUGCUGCAGUUGUCAAUAUUCUUGCCCAUCGAGAUGCAACACAACGUUCUCUAAUUCAAAAUGAGUAUAGAAGCAUGUAUCAUGAAGCGCUUAGCAAACGGGUGUCUUCAGAGCUUAGUGGUGAUGUCAAGCGGGCAGUCCUACUGUGGCUGCAUGACCCUGCAGGAAGGGAUGCUACCGUAGUAAGACAGGCUCUGCACAGUGAAUUGGAUCUGAAAGCUGCCACUGAAGUAAUAUGCUCCCGUACUUCAACCCAGAUUCAGCACUUCAAACAAGUUUAUCACUCACUAUUUGGUAGUUAUCUGGAACAUGAUAUCGAAUUUCAAGCAACUGGAGAGCACAAAAAGCUUCUACUUGCAUAUGCAAGUACACCACGCUAUGAAGGCCCAGAAAUAGACAGAGCAAUGGUUGAACAUGAUGCUAAAGCUCUCUAUAAAGCUGGGGAGAAGAAGUUGGGAACUGAUGAGAAGACUUUCAUUCGCAUUUUCAGUGAAAGAAGCAGGGCUCAUUUGGCUGCUGUUGAUUCUGCUUACCAUAGCAUGUAUGGAAACUCACUUAAAAAGGCAGUGAAAAGCGAAACAUCUGGGCUCUUUGAGUUUGGCCUCGUGACUAUCUUACAAUGUGCACAAAACCCAGCUAAGUAUUUUGCAAAGGUGCUGCGCAAAGCAAUGAAGGGCUUAGGAACUAAUGAUACAACACUUAUUCGCGUGAUAGUGACAAGGACUGAAAUUGACAUGCAGUACAUCAAAGCAGAAUACCGAAGGAAACAUGGGAAAAGUCUGAAUGAUGCUGUUCAUUCCGAGACCUCAGGUCAUUAUAGGACUUUCCUGCUUUCACUUCUGGGACCAAAUCACUGAUAGAGAAGGCAUAUAUUGGUGCAGUAUCAGCUACACAGUCAAUUCCAGAAUAUGGAGUAUGGUGUGGAUUGUGUAGAUAUGAGUUGCUGUGGUAGAAUAUUAAACUCUGUAGGAAUUGCUGAUUGUUAAUCUCUCCUGUCUUCCCUCCCUGUAUCAUUCACCCUCCUUAGGUCCAGAAUGGCAUCUGCUGUUAAGGAUUUUUAGUAGUUUUCUUUAGAUUGCAUUUACUGUUCAUCUGACAUUGUCAACUGGUUUUUGUGCACAAUUUGUGUUGUUUCAAGGCCCUUGUUCUUCUGUUUUUGGGUUGUA